CAGAUAGCAUUGUUUCAUUGAUUUAAUUGGAGUGAAGUUAACUAGGUUAGUUAGGUAAUGAUGGCUCCCCAGGAAAACGACGAACUUGAUAAACUGGAGCAAUUGGGCCGCAGCGUCUCAUUCUUCAUCAACGGAGAGAAAUACACGCUGUCGGCGUCGGUCUCGCCUCACAUGCGCCUCGUGGACUUCAUCCGGGACGUGGCGGGCGCUAAGGGCACCAAGGCGCUGUGUCGGGAGGGCGGGUGUGGCGCCUGCACCGUCGUAGCCACCGUGCCCGACCUCGCUGCUGACGGAGGCAACGUGCGCACCUUCAACCUACACGCGUGCCAGCAGCUGGUGUACGCGUGCUCGGGCUGGUCCAUCGAGACCAUCGAGGGCCUCGGCAACCGCCACGCGGGCUACCACAAACUCCAGCGCAGCCUCGCCGGCUUCUAUGGCACGCAGUGCGGCUACUGCUCCCCGGGCAUGGUCAUGGCGGCGUAUGGCCGUUCGUGGUCACAGGAGGCCUAUCAGAAGACGUGUCCGUCGUCGGGAGGCCCGUGCCGCGAGUCGUGCGGCACAUCGUGUCCUGUGGCCUCCUUGGCCACCAAACUCAACCAAGAGAUCGUGAUGGACACCGGGGCGGUCAAGUGGUAUCAGCCUGUCGACUUGAAGGGCGCCUACAGGAUCCUGUCUCAGGACAUCGAGGGCAAGACUCGCCUCGUGCUGGGCAACACCGGCACGGGCACGUGGGCAGGCAACCUGGCCCUGAAGAGACAGCACCCGUCCUUCCCGUCUGACGUGUUCGUGACGCUGGCGGCCGUCAACGCGGAGGUGACCGUCGCCGACGUCCGCACGCAGGCCCUAGAGCGCUACAAGGUCGCCGAGCUCCUGCAACGGCCGCUGGACGGCCGCCUUAUCUUGUCCCUUAUCUUGCCUAAGAUAUCAGACUACACCUUCGUGCGUUCAUACAAGAUCACUCCGCGUGCGGUGAACGCGCACGCGUACGUGAACGCGGCGUUCAGGCUGCCGGUAGACCUGCAGACGUUCACUGUGAACGCGGAAUGUUCCAUCGUCUUGGGGGGCAUCAGCGAUACUUUCGUGUCGGCACAAGACACGCAGCGCUUCCUGGUUGGGAGGCGCCUGACCGAUGAGGCCGUCGUGCAAGAGGCCAUCCGCAGGCUGCUGGCUGAGGCCACACCCUCACCAGACCCUCAACAGGGCAGUGAGGCCUACAGGCGUGGCCUUGUGGCCUCACUCUUCUAUAAGACAGUGGUGUGGGUGCUGAAGGGGGCGGUGCCCCCAGCGCUGAGGUCGGCGGGGGAGAAGCUCGUCCGUAAGCUGGGCAGCGGCCAGCAGGAGUUUGACUCCAACGAGGACACGUGGCCCAUAGGACAGCCUGUCCCCAAACUCGAGUCCUACAUCCAAGUGUCCGGAGAAGCGGAGUACGCGGCCGACCUGCUGCCGCCGCAGGGGGAGCUGCAGGGCGUGUUUGUGCAGUGCGACGUCGCCAACGCUAGGAUAGACCUCAUCGACGCUAGUGACGCGCUGGCUGUGCCGGGGGUGGCGGCCUUCAUCACAGCCGACGACGUGUCGGGCGUGAACAGCUUCAGGCUCGUCGGCAGCAGCAAACCCGACAAGAUUUUCGCGUCGGGGCGCACGGACUACGCUGGACAGGCGCUUGGUCUGAUUGUAGCGAAGACCCGAGAAAUUGGUCUGAUGGCGGCGCAGUUGGUGCGAGUGCAAUACUCAGACCGCAAGAAGCCCGUCCUCACCAUCCAGGAGGCCAUCAAGACCCCAGACCGGGUCAUGGACCCUGUGGACUUGGUCACUGGCAAACCCGAAUCUUGUAGAGUUCAGGAAGGCAAAGAUAUCAGCAUCAUGACGUCAUGGAAGCACCGCAUCGCGGGCGACAUCAACAUCGGCACGCAGUUCCACCUGACGAUGGAGGCGCUGCACGCCGCCGUCGAGCCCAUGGAGGACGGCUACAACAUCAGCGUCACCUCACAGUGGCUCACUGAGACCCAGAGUGUCGUGGCCCAGGUCUUGGGGGUGCCUGCUAACAGCCUGAAUUUGUCGAUCCGCCGCAUCGGUGGCGGGUUCGGGGCUAAGAUUUAUUUCUCGAUCAGCCUGAAUUUGUCUAUCCGUCGCAUCGGUGGCGGGUUCGGGGCUAAGAUUUAUGCUGGCUUCAACGACGAGGGUAUCUUGGAUGCCCUGAAGGUUGACCUGUACUCUGACCCUGGGUACGUCAAUAACGACUCUGCUGUGGGCAUGGCGGCGCGCAUGAUACCCAACGUCUACGCCAGCCAGUCUUACGACAUCAGGGCACGCGACGUAAAGACUGAUACCGCCGCUAAUACUUACUGCAGGACUCCUGGCCACGUGGAGGGCAUAGCGGUGAUCGAGAACGUGCUGGACCACGUGGCGGCGACGCUGGACAAGGAUCCCUUAGCGGUGCGGGAGGCCAACUUCCGUCCUGAUGUUAAGGACGGCGAGACCAACGAGCUUAGGAACACCAUCCUGCCGGUGCUGAGGGAGAAGGCGCAGCUCGCCGCCCGCAAGCAGCAAGUGCUUCAAUUUAACAAGAACAACCGUUGGCGUAAGCGCGGUCUGGCCGUCACGCCUCUACGCUACCCCUUCUCGUACCCGCCGCCCUUCCGCUACGCCGUACAGGUCGUCAUAUACGAGCACGACGGCACGGUGGCGCUGGCCCACGGCGGGGUCGAGAUGGGCCAGGGCAUCAAUACUAAGGCAGCGCAGGUGGCGGCCGGGGUGCUCGGUGUGCCGCUGUCGCUGGUGAAGCUCAAGCCCAACACGAGCGUCGCGGGGGCGAACUCCUUCGUGACGGGCGGGUCCUUUGGGUCCGACCUAGUGUGUCAUGGGGUGGAGGUGUGCUGCCGGCAGCUGCGGGCUCGCCUGGACGCCGUGCGGGCGACACUCAAGUCGCCUGUCGCCUGGACCGACCUCGUCUCCGCCUGUCUGGCCCGGGACGUCGACCUCAGCGCCCGUUACUGGACUGCAAGUAAAGAGCACCCAGACGGCUACAUCAUCUGGGCGGCCGCCGCCUUAGAGGUCGAGCUGGACGUGCUGACUGGGCAGUACAAGAUCCUGCGGGCCGAUAUCGUCGAGGACGUGGGCCGAAGUAUGUCCCCCUACGUGGACGUGGGCCAGGUUGAAGGGGCCUUCGUGAUGGGCCUCGGCCUCUUCUCCACCGAGAAGCUCACCUACAACGAGGACACGGGCGAAAAGGACCUCACCGGCACCUGGGAAUACAAGGUGCCUACGGUGUUUGAUGUUCCGGAGGACUUACGCGUGCAUUUCUUGUCCAACGCUUCCAACCCCUACGGCGUCCAGCGUUCUAAAGCGACCGGGGAGCCGCCGCUGUGCGUGUCGUACGUGCUGGUGUCGGCGCUGCGCCAGGCCAUCGCUGCCGCGCGACAGGAGGCUGGCGUCACAGGCUGGUUCCCCAUGCACACCCCGAUGACUGUGGAGGCAAUCCAGCAGCUGUGUCUAGUAGAGCCGGAGCAAUUCAAACUACAGUGAUGCAUGAACUUACUUUAUUUGUUUGUACUCUAAAUUAUUGAUUUAAAAAUACGUGAAUUGUGAAUGUUCUUCAAUCAACGUUUUCUUCAAUUGACAAUUUGGUCGUCAGUGCGCUCAAAGUGGUUCAUCGAAAUAUUUUUUCUACAUUUUCACACUCCCAAGAUGGUCUGCCAAAAUAACAUGUAAUUUGUUGAUGCGAACAACGUAUUUCAUUAUGAUUAAAUACACUUUUGUUCUGGGAAAGACCAUCGAAGCUCCUUUAUUAGCUGUGCUUGCUUUCUUCGCUUCAGAUUCUAAUGCAAUGCAAAAAUAAUUAUCCACUAUAACCAAUAAUUACCAUUCCUGUUAGGAAGCAUCCAGUCUCCAUAAGGAGGAAAUAAGAAACAAUUUUGGAUUCAUUUGUUGAUGGUGUACUUAGUCUUAGUAAUUUACGUGCAUUUCAAUUGUCUUUGUCGUUGAUAUAUUCUUAAUUUUGA